CACGAGAAGCUACUAACCCUUCCUUCCCCAAAUUUUUCCCACUCUCCUCCUCUAUUCUCUCAACCUCUCCGCCUCAGAUUCCGUUCAAUCUCCCUCCACCGCCUCAGAUUCGACUCUCUCUUUCUCUGUCUUUUUUUUUUUUUCGUUUAAUUUUAUUUAUUACUUUCUCUCUCUUCUCGAGGAGUCUUUGAUUUGACCGGAACAUUGUUCCGGAAGCUUACCCAAGACCUCACUCCUUAAUUCUCCGGUUUUCAUCUCCGUCGUUAUCUCAACGCCGACAUUAAAAAAUUAUAUUCAACAGUAGAGUGCUAGUUUGAAGUGACACCGGAAUUGUAAUCGGUGUACCGAGAGAAGCCCUAAAAGUGCCGUCCGUCGAUCUCUCUGCUCUAUCUUCGUCUUCUCUAUUUAUAUCGCGCGCAUUGUAAAGUAGGAAGUUAUAGUCGUUCUGCAUGAGCCUAAUUUUCAGAUAAACAAAGAUGAGCUACAAUAGAAGUAUCAGCGUUUCUCAUGAUGAUGUGGUUGUUAAACCCGAGCGCGGUAAUAUGCUUCAGAGCAUAUCACCUAGAAGCCAUGGUUCCAAAGGACAUCCUCUACCUCAAGAUUCUGAAGAAAAUAGAGGAUCGAUCGGUCAGAGUAGCACUAGUGUGGUUGAUCAGGUCCGGUCGCCAGCUGAUGAUGCUGGUGUCACCUCUUCAUCCACCAUAUGUCCAGCUCCUGUUUGUAGGCAAUUCUGGAAAGCUGGAAGCUAUAAUGAUGAACUGAGUUCAAAGUCACAGCGGCCAAAUGGAAAAAAUUAUCUUCAUGUGCACCCUAUGUUUCUUCACUCCAAUGCUACUUCACAUAAAUGGGCUUUUGGUGCUGUUGCAGAACUGCUUGACAAUGCUGUUGAUGAGAGAACCUCUCCCUUCUGGGACCCGAGCGCUUCGCUUUCUGACACCAUUCUGUCAUUUUUUUUAAUUAAGAUCCAAAAUGGGGCCACUUUUGUCAUUGUAGAUAAAACCACAAAUCCAAGGGAUGGUACAACAGCAUUGCUAAUUCAAGAUGAUGGUGGUGGGAUGGAUCCUCAGGCAAUGCGAAAUUGCAUGGGUUUUGGCUUCUCAGAUAAAAAAUCGGAUUCAGCCAUUGGAAGAUAUGGAAAUGGUUUCAAGACUAGCACAAUGAGACUUGGGGCAGAUGUCAUUGUUUUCAGCCGCCAUUCAAAGAACCAAACAUUGACACAAAGUAUCGGGCUCCUUUCUUAUACUUACCUCACACGUACUGGCCAUGAUAGAAUAGUUGUUCCCAUUUUGGAUUACGAGUUUAAGGUAUCAGCUGGCGAGUUCAAGCCGUUGCAAGACCGAGAACAUUUUAUAUCCAGCCUCUCCAUUCUACUAGAAUGGUCUCCAUUUUCAACAGAGGCAGAACUUUUGCAGCAGUUUGAUGACGUUGGACCACAUGGGACAAAGGUUAUUAUCUAUAAUAUGUGGCUCAACAGUGAUGCUAAAUUGGAACUAGACUUUGAUUCGGUUGCAGAGGAUAUUCUCAUUGAAGGCAGCAUAAAAAAAACUGGAUCUAAGAUUGUGAAUGAUCAUAUCGCUAGCCGGUUUUCUUACUCUCUUCGUGUUUACCUAUCCAUAUUAUACUUGCGGAUUCCUGAGACGUUCAAGAUCAUUUUGCGUGGUAAGGUUGUCGAACAUCAUAAUGUUGCUGAUGAUCUCAUGCAUCCGCAGUACAUCUUGUAUAAGCCUCAUGCUGCUGGAUCUGGAGAGGCUGUAGUUGUAACGACGAUUGGAUUUCUGAAAGAAGCUCCCAAAGUAAAUCUUCAUGGGUUCUGCGUUUAUCACAAAAACCGCCUUAUUAUGCCAUUUUGGCAGGUCAUAAAUUAUUCAAGCAGUCGAGGAAGAGGGGUUGUUGGUGUUCUAGAAGCUAAUUUUGUUGAACCAACCCAUAACAAGCAGGAUUUCGAGAAAACUGUUCUUCUUCAGAAGCUUGAAAACCGUUUGAAGGAAAUGACAGUGGAGUAUUGGAGCUGCCAUUGUGUGUUGAUUGGGUAUCAAGUAAAUAAGAAGCCUCGUCUUCAGAUACCUCAAAAUGCUCAAUCUGCCGGUAGACAAGCAAUAAGUCCUCCCCCAGGCUUCAAAGCAGUUUUUCCUCAAGGAAAUUUGACAUCUCUGCCUAGAGUUUCAGCUGAACCAGUGCUAUUGGAGAAGAGGAAAGAACAUCCUGAUUCUGUUGCAAGCGCAGCGUCAAAAAGAAAGGUUGGGAAUGAUGGCUUUACUGUCCCGGGGCCGGAUCGGGUUGAACAGUUUAUUCGUGGAUCUGCAAGUCAGUCACAAGAUAGUGAAACUGUCAAGUUGAUGGAAAAAAACAAGAAGCUCCGAGAAAAAUGUUUGGACCACAAGGUGCGAAGUCAGAACCUUGAAAUCAAGGCCAUGAAUAUAAGGAGUGAGAUCGAGAACGCUAAAAGUGAAUAUGAAAGGUUAAUGGGAGAGCUACAAGCUUUGGGUAUGGUGAAAGGGGAGCACAGAAGAAAUGUAAAUGCCUAGAAAUAUUCUCUGCACUUAACAACACUCUUUUUUUGCCUUUGUCAUAUCCAUCCUCUAGGUUUGAAAACUAGGGAUCCUUAUUGGUUUAUCUAUCUAGUCUCUACUAAUGAGUCUGCCUAGGGUAAGGCAACAAAAUGUGAAGUAACAGGGUCCAUGUUCAUGAAAUCAAAGAUCCUUUUUUGUCCAGGAAAUUCACCAAAAGUCAAUGGGGAAAUAUUUAAAUUUCUACA